AUGUUUGUAUACUUACCAAAAGAAACCAACAAAGUAAGCUCUCAGCCUUGCGCGUCGUUCCCGGAGCCCCCAAAACUGACCUGCACCGGCUUCGCUGUACUCCAGACACUCCAUCAACCAACCAAAAUGAACAAACAGCUCGAGCACCACUAUUUUAAGCCUUUGUGUAAGGUCGGGUCGGGGAAUAUACGUCAGAUGCUUCGCCGGGUUGGUUUGACCGUCGAUCAUGAUGAUCAGGAGGUCCGGAGUAGGCAUCGCAGCAAUCCGUUUCUUUACAUUAUCAAGUCCAGUGCAUCUUUGCUCUCCUUUGUUUGUUGCAUAUUUCCCACGUACCCAGACAUCUGCAUCAACUUCCAUCACGCCCACUAUUUCCCAAGCAUCACCACCCCAACGCCGAAAAUUCUGCCCUUGUACAGCAUCAGCCACCUUCGGCAAAGCGAAGCUCAAAAAACCGCCUCCCCGACCUAUACUCCACUACCACACUCGCUCUAA